CUUUAACGUCGAGGUAUAUAGUGGCGCACGCUAUCGUGUCUUUAUUCUUUUUUUCAGAUGAGCCCUACGGUUAUCUUCUAGUUUCCAAAGAGGCAAGUUUUAUUUGUUCCCUUUCAUCGUUGGCGCUGACUGCGCAUGCGCUAUGAUUCCGCGUGCUUCUGUCACGAUACAGACGCUAGUGCUCCAGAGGCGCCGAAACAGCCAUGGCUGAAGAAAGCAACGACGGGAACACGCCUCCUGCUUUUACCUUUGACGAGGAAGCAACCCCGAGCACAAGCCAGGAAUUCUUCGAGGGCACUUUGUGUACGUCCGACUAUUGUGCUACGAUUUGUGACGACUCCUUCGAAGACCAGUGGAACCUGUUUAACAGCCUCAAUGAUUCCAAGGACGUUACGGGCCAUACACAUGUCACUGAAAGCGGAAUCACCAGCUCCCCACCUUUGGCGUCCAGCAGCAGCAGCAUCAAUCAUGCACAGCCCAGUACAAGCCGCGCUGGCGUGGAGGAAGCAUCGGCCAUUCCGGAAAACAUUGCUAGCAUUUCUGAGGACGUCGGGCGGUACCAGGGUAACACGGAACCAAGGCCAAUAACCGACCAGACUUGCAAAGCCGACGGUGUCACUGACAAUAGUAGCACAAGUUACCUGCACCUGGAGUCCACCACCAGCAUCGAUAACGCAAGGCCCAGCACUAGCCGUGCUGGCAUGGAGGAUGCAUCAGCCAGUUUUGAAGACGGCGCCACGUAUGCUACUGGAACCGGAGAAAGGGAACCGCGAGUGUCCUGCGGUGUCAGUGGAAAGGUUUCCAGAAGACGGGGCACCUCACACGGGCAACCCAACAAGCACACGGGCGAUACAACCCCCACUUUCAGAGCACGUGAUCGAUCAUCUGUUAAGAUGUCGGGCCACAAAUGCGAAACAUGUGGUAAAUUAUUAAGCAGAGCUGAUAGUUUACCAGCACAUUACCGCACGCAUACAAGCGAGAGACCCUACAAAUGCGAAAUAUGCAAGAAAUCAUUCGCGCAUAGGGGGAGUUUCUAUAAACAUCAACAGAUUCACACAGGAGUGAAACCCCAUGUCUGCCAAAUAUGUACUAAACCAUUCAAAAACAAAGUGGACCUUAAGUGUCAUCUCAUAUCACAUAGUUCCGACAGACCUUUCGUUUGCGACAUCUGUAAUCGCUCCUUUAAGUGGAAAGCAGAUCUCCGAAGACACCGCAAAAGAACUCACUAGGCUAAAAUCUCGUACGAGUGCAAGCCCUGUGGAUUUCGGUCCGCAAAGAAAGAAAACCUAGCCGCACAUCUGUGUAAGAAUAUUAGUUGCCAAUUGUGUGUAGAUUCGUUUAGAGACGCAGCUCAACUGAUUGCACAUCACGUGGCGCAUAUGGGUAGCAAUCGUAACAAUGUGACUAGUGCGCAAGUGAAGUAAAUCGCCUACGUGUUUUGCAUAGGAACGUGACCAUGAAGCCGUGCAGGAAAAUAACGCUGACAUUGUCCCACAGGGGCGAGUAACUAUCCGAGCGCGUCGUGUCGACAGACGGGCUUCUUUUCACGUUUAAAACUGCUGAGUGAAACACAAAGCUUCGAGGAUGGCACUUGAUUUUUCGAAAUUACGUGACAGAAACGUCGUCUCCAGCCGAAUUUGGGAUGUUGCAAUGUCAUUGUUAACUGCAGGUCCUGACUAGAGCUAACUGUUUCCCAAACUAAGUUGUCUCGCCAACGUAGCUUUAGCAAACUAAUUUCUAGACAAACCCUAAUGGGCUGCAACUUUGUCUUUGUGUAACUAGAAGGCUGAAUGUUCGCACAAGAUCCUUGACUCCUCGUUUAGUUUUGUGCAAGCGCUUUGACAGCGUACUAGUAAAUAAGCUUUAACUAGCCAUGCUUUUAAUGAUUCUGCAGUGCGAAUAGAAGGGGGGACCUCACAUGAGGAACCCUUUAAAAAAAGAGGCACUGCGUUCCUUUCAACUAAUAAUUAUCUAACCUCUGCUAAUAUAUGAGGUCCUCAGGCAUUGCUGCCUUUCAGACACAAUUUUUACAAUUAUAGACACAGGUAUGGGAAAAUUUAUUUCCCUUACAUAUUGUUCAAUACACGCAAUGUUUUGGUUCUCUCUAUGGAUCUUGUACUCAUACCGAAGAUUUUUGUUCUUUAUCAUGCUGAUGACAACAGUGAGACUGUAUUAGACACAAACCGUUUGGAGCUUAAAUAUACAUGUUCUUCCACUGCCAGUAUUUUAAAUGUUUUUAUAUAUAGCUAGAACCUCGGUCAAUUUUAAGGUACAGUUGCUUAUUCACUCGUAAGUCGUCUCUUUUGACUUGCGCACCAAUCUAGUUACAGCUGUGCAAUGUUUUAACCUGAUCUGACAAACGUAUCCCUGCGAGCAACUACAGGACGAUUGAGAUACAGGUUUUAGUUAAUAUUAUUGACCCGCGUACUUCUAUAUCUUUUUCCAGUGAACCCGUCUCGCCGAAUAGCAAAUGUUAAGUUACAGUUCAGGGCACGAGGCACCAGCAUGUAUAGGACAUUCUGCAAUUGUCGAGCCUUUUGUAAUCAAAUUGCGCACAAUGCAAAUACAGUUGUGCAUUCUGGAAGACACGCGAGCACCAAUUAUAACGCUGGAAUCAUCUACAAAAAAAAAGCGAGAAAAGCCGAUACUCGUUAAUCGCAAAUCAUUUGUUCAACGGUCGACUCAUGCAGCCGGCACCAUCUUUCUGCCCGAAUGUAACUUGUUCUGUUGGUUCCGGUUCGCCCAAUAAAGUCUU